GUUAUUUCAUCUUCCUUACAAGGCUAAAGCCAGCAGCUUUCCUCUGCCUCUGGGUCCCUUAAAAGCAGCAGGGCAAGCCCCAGGGCUCCCGGCGGGUGCAGGAGGGUGCGAGGCUAGGUGGCACUGCCCGCCUGGUGCCACCGCACUGUGACAGUGGCCUCGGAGCCCCGGGAGGCUGAGUGGCACUGCCUGCCUGGUGGCACGGCACUGUGACAGCGGCCUCGGAGCAUCGUCCAGGGCUCCUUGGUCCCCAUCCUCCCAGCAAGCACGGACCAAACCCCAAAAGCAAUCACUGAGGGGGAAAAAGCGCAACGUGAGAGGUAAAAUGAAAGACCGGCUUUUUGAGAAUAGCUGCUGGAAGCUGUGACGGAUCAGGAGAGCUGUGCAUUGCCACGCAGCUCCUGCAGACCCUAAGGCAUCGGGUCAGCCUCCCAGCGAGUGCAUGCAGAGGCGUGGGUGCAGCAGCGGAGGAUGGAAGUGCUUCGCCGAUCCUCAGUCUUCGCUGCAGAGGUGAUGGAGGUGUUCGACAGGUCUCCCACUGACAAGGAGCUUGUGUCCCAAGCUAAGGCCCUCUGCAGAGACUACAUAAAUUCGAGGCUGGUUCGAGCAGGUGUCAGCUGGAGCAAACCUGAGUGCAAUGCGCCAGUGCCUGGCGGUAAGCUGGCCGAGGUGUCCACCAUACUGCUGCGGCUGGGAGAUGAGCUGGAAUACAUUCGCCCCAACGUCUACCGGAAUAUCGCCCGCCAGCUGAAUAUCUCGCUGCACUCGGAGACGGUGGUGACGGACGCCUUCCUGGCUGUAGCGGCGCAGAUUUUCACCGCAGGCAUAACAUGGGGCAAGGUGGUGUCUCUCUACGCGGUGGCGGCGGGGCUGGCGGUGGACUGUGUGCGGCAUGCACAGCCAGCCAUGGUUCACACUAUCGUCGACUGCCUGGGAGAGUUCGUCCGCAAGACCUUGGUGACAUGGCUGAAAAGGCGAGGAGGCUGGGCAUGGCCGAGAAACGGACACUUUGCCUUGUUGAUGUAGGAUGAAGGAAGUGCCUUUCAUAGAGCUCUCGAGCCUGAUCUAGUAACCUGCUGUGCUUAGAAGUUAUCAGGGCAAGUGGCUGUGGCUGUUCAUUGUGUGGCAAAGUGGUGCAAAGCACCGUGUUGGUGUGGGAGUGUCUGUUUGGUGGCUGACACAGUUCUGGGCAUCUCUGAUGAUCUCUGCUCCCUCUUCCUUAGGCAGACAUCACGAAGUGUGUUGUGAAUACUGACCCCAGCCUUCGCUCCCACUGGCUCGUGGCUGCUGUUUGCAGCUUUGGGCACUUCCUCAAGGCGAUCUUCUUCGUGCUGCUGCCUGAGAGAUGAACCCGAGCUGCCCGCAGCAGCCCCAUGCCCCAUCUCCUCCCCCACUCCAGAAGCAGUGGAAAUGGCAGCCUCUGAAGAGGAGGAAGAGAAGAACCGGGACAAACAAAAGGCUUGUUCUCCUCUCCCUUCAGCUGGCAGCAGCCGACCGACCACAGUCUCCUUCUGGCAGCCGCAGGAGCCUCUCUCACCCUUAUCCUUUCAAGAGCCUCAUUUUCCUGAGUGACUCGUGGGUACGCCCCGGGCAUCGCCAGUCCCUGGGCACGCUGACUGCGGCACUGUCAGACCUCUGUUCCUUACGACCGUGUUGCAUGCUUAUGCUAGUGCCAGGCAGAGGGGAGGAGGAAGGGGCUAGUAUUUGAAACGGAAUAGAAAUAAGAGAGGGGGAGCAUCCCUCCCUCACUGCAUGCGAUUCACCUCUUGGUGCUCAGACUUGCCUUGUGUCAGUUCUUGUUGUUGCACUCGUGUUUGAACUCCACCUCCUCCUUCCAGUCUGCCUCUGGCUUGUUGGGCUCUCCCCAUGGCACAGCAUGCCACAGGGGAUCAUUCAGCAGCAGGUUCUUCAUGGGAUGAAACAAAUGUCUGUCAUGAGAUGCUUCUCCCUCUGACGCACCCUGGAAAUGGCGUUUUGGGGCUGUGUGGGGGGCAGGACCAGAGGGUGUGUGAUGAAUUGGUAAGGGUUUUGCCCUGACCUCUCCUGCUGCGCUCACACGCAAUGUUUGAAACAGGGGAGAGAGGGACAAUGCCUUCAACCAACAGCUCGGGUUUGGAUUUUAUAAUGAAGACAAAGCUAAAUGUGUGAGUAGGAAAGGCUGGGGGACGUGGUCAGAAAUUAGGGAAAGAGUAAGUGAGCUGCCUGAUGUUGUGAAGGGGGAAAGCUGUGUCAAAAGCAACUGGUAUAUGUUUCUCCUUUAAUGUCAUUGGAAGUACAACCUGCAGUCUUCUUUGUGGCAAAAAAUAAAAGAAAAUAGGUGGUGUUUCA